UAACACCAGCACAGCAACUGAUUCCGCCUCCCGGUUCCUUCCAGAUGCAUUUUUUUUAAUUAGUGAAACUUUACCCUGCUAAGAUUCACUUUCCUAUCUAUCUUUGAGGCUCCUGACUCUGAGCUCUGGAGUGGAUCAAGGAAAAGGAAAACUCUCUGAAAUACAGGAAGGCGGCUUUAAGAAGGGCAUGGAAGAGCAAGAGCUGCCUUAUGUGUUGAUAGACACUAUAGGAGGGACACAUGGAGUGUACGAGGACCAUGUAGACUUUCUGAGGAAACAUUUUAAUCUUAUUACCAUGAAGCAAUUUCUUGAAAACAAAAGUCAUCUGAGUGAAAAGAUCAAAGCUAUUUAUAUGUGGUGGAACAAACCAGUUGCUAACCAGGAGCUUCUCUCUAGUUUGCCUAACUUAAAGGUGAUUGCAACUGGUGGGGCAGGAGUGGAUCAUUUGGACUUGAAACUGAUCUCCAGCUUUGGAGUGAAAGUCGCCAACACUCCUUUUGCUGUUUCCAAUGCCACAGCAGAUCUGGGGAUGGCUUUAAUGUUGGCAUCUGCAAGGAGAAUAGUGGAAGGUUGUCAGAUUGCAGUUUCCCCAAACUCUGAAUAUUUUGCUGGUGACUGGCUGGGAGAUGAAGUCACUGGGGCUACUCUUGGUAUCAUUGGAAUGGGCAGGAUUGGGUAUAAGGUGGCCCAAAGGGCCAAAGCUUUUGAAAUGAAAAUUCUUUAUCACAACAGGAACCAAAGAAAGGAGGAAGAGGAGAAGGCUGUUGGUGCCAUUUAUUGUAAAAAGAUAGACGACUUGCUCCUGCAGUCAGAUUUUGUGAUGCUGUGUGUGAACCUGAUGCCUCAGACAGAAAAACUGAUUGGGAAGAAGGAGUUAGAAAUGAUGAAACCCACUGCUACCCUCAUUAACAUCAGCAGAGGUCUAGUAGUUGAUCAGGAUGCAUUGGUGGAAGCACUUCAAAAUGGAGUUAUUAAGGCUGCUGCUUUGGAUGUGACCUACCCUGAACCUCUGCCAAGGCACCAUCCUUUGUUAACAUUAAAAAACAUUAUUAUAUCAUGUCACCUUGGAAGUGCUACUACCCAUACUCGUCGCCGCAUGAUGAAGAAUGCAGUUGAAAACAUACUGGCUGCUCUUAAUGGUCUCCCCGUCCCUAAUGAAGUUAUUCCCUAAAUUGACUUGCAUUUGGCAAAGCUUAAUGCUCCUGAUGAUAAAAAUAAAUUGUAACUUGACGCAUAUUUACUCUAAUUAUUUCAUUAGAGUCAAGACACAAUGUAUAAGUAACAGGUUAAGUUUACAUUUAUUUUUAAUUAAUCAACAAAUUCUGCCUCAAAAAUUAGUGUUUGAAUGAGCAAAAAUGAAGGAACAGGCUGAUCUACUUUUGUUGUGCUUUAUUUUGAUUGCAUCCUUAAAGUUGUUCUGCAGCACUGUGCUCCAACAGAGAAAUGAAAAGAUCAAUAAAAUGACACUAUUCUA